AUGAAAUUCUCCGCCGCAUUAGCACUUUGCGCCGCGCCAUUGGCGUUGGCCAGUACUCUUCAGGUCGAUUUGAUGAAGCGAGGGGCAGUCGAUGUUGAGGUUUCCCAACAAAGUGGUAGCUCAGGAUCACAGAAGAGCAGCAGCGAUAGCAAGAGCAGCAACAACAACGCCGCUGCCAACAACAACGCUGCCAAGGGUCAGCAGUCAAGCACGUCAAUAACGGAAGUGAUUAUUCUUUGGGUCAACAACGGUGGAAGCGCUACGACCAGCUCCGUAAACAGCGCACAGGCAGUUGGAACGGCAGCAGCAGCAACCCAUACGGUCACUGUCGGUGGAACUGCAGGUCUUGUCUACUCACCUGACAGCGUUGCAGCUGCCGUUGGAGAUACCGUUCUUUUUACUUUCAUGAGCGCUAACCACACUGCCACUCAAUCCGCCUUCACCACUCCCUGUGAAGCGCUUACUGGGGGUAUCGAUUCUGGCUUUAUCCCCAACACCAACAACUCUGUCGUCCCAGCACCACAAAUGGCUAUGCAGGUCACUGUGGCUACUCCCAUUUGGUUCUACUGCAAGCAAAAGGGCCACUGCGGAAAAGGCAUGGUUUUCUCCGUCAACCCCACUGCCAACAAGACCCAAGCCAUGUUCGCGCAAAUGGCCAUUGCACAGAACGGAACCGGAACCGCCACGGCCAUCACUGGAGGUAGUUCUGCCGCCGCUGCUGCCCCAGCAGCAUCCAGCGCGUCGUCUUCGUCCAGCUCAUCUUCCGGAAGCUCUGGAAGCAUGGUCUCGUCACAGGGAACCACCAACUCAGCCGGUGUUUGCACUUGCGCUUGCCUCUGUGGCGUUGCUUCUUUCCCCAGCGCUGCUCAAGGUGUUGGUGCUUUCGGCGGAAUGUCAGGUAAUUACUUGCCCCUCUUCGGUUCAGCUUCAUAG